ACUUUUCUCUUUAAGUUAUUCUCAUUACCCAACCUUUUAUCUCGUUCUCCUUUUUUGAGACUCCAUGGUUUCAAAUUCUCUCAAACUCAGUCUCAUUCACCCUCACUAAACUCUUUCCUCACACUCCCAAAUCUCAUAAUUAAACUCGUUUGCCUGGAUUUUCUCAUUUUGCUUCACCAUACAGAUCGAAUCAAUCUGAAAAGAAAAAAAAAAAAAAAAGGGAAAAAGAGAGAGGAGGCAAACGAGAAAACCAACAUGGCACUCCAUGAAGGCGAAGUUUGCUUCUCAAUCGCAGAACUCCAGAAUCUCACAUUCGUGCAAACGGUUCUUCGAGCUGCCGAUGAGGUCAAAGUCUUUGACAUAAUUGCAGAUGCAGAGCCUGAAGCUCAGCUCUUUACAGCCGAAAUCGUUUCAAAUAUUCCCACAUCUAAUCCCAAAGCUGCAGAGACAUUGGAUCGGAUGCUGAGAUCACUUAGUUCUUAUGGUUUCUUGAUGAAUACUUCUUCGAGACAAUCCCAAGAUGGAGCUCGUUGCGAAAGGACUUAGAGCCUAUCCAAGAUGUCUCACUUUUUGUUGAGAAACACUGAUCAGGCCAUUUCCAUGGCUGCCGCUUUGCUUGUAUGCUCCAGCAGGGAGUCCUUCAAGAGCUAUUAUGUGUUUAAAGAUGCUGUUCUUGAAGAGGGUUUUCCAGCACUUUACGGAGACUCAUGUGGUUACUCCCGACGAGUUUAGGUAGAUGUAUUUAGGCAAACUAUUUGAUUGAUGAGUCAAUUACAAAUCUCACUAAAUUAGUGUUGGAUGA